UCCAUUCAAAUGGCUUCUUUACAAUCUUUAAGUCUCAACUUUUCUUCUUCUUCAUGUUGUUCUUCUUCAAGGAGAAUCGAUGCUGCUAUAUAUCUCCCUAAACUCCCCAAAAUCCAAGUCUCCGUUCCAAAACUAAAACCAAGAACAAACUUGGUUGACGAACUGAACUUGAGAAAUAUUAAUGGGUUCACAAAGACAGAACCAAUAAAGAAAAAUGUAGAGGAGGAACCCCACAAUCCCACCACUUCUAUGGAGAUUUUUCAGCUUUGCGCGAUUAUGGAAGCCGUAGCAGAUAGAGUAGAAAUGCACAAAAACAUCGGGGACCAACGCGACAACUGGAACACUCUUCUCUUAAAUUCCAUCAACAUGAUCGUCCUAACAGCAGCAACAAUGGCUGGUGUUUUAGCCACCAGUGGUGCAGGGGCCCCUGUUUUGUCUCUGAAGUUAUCUUCCACUCUAUUGUUCUCUGCAGCUACUGGGCUGCUGCUUGUGAUGAACAAGAUUCAGCCUUCACAGCUCACAGAGGAGCAAAGAAAUGCUACAAGAUUGUUCAAGCAGCUUCAUUCAGAAUUACAAACAGCACUUGCCAUUAAAAGUAAUCCGACUCGAGAAGAUGUGAUGGAUGAAAUGGAGAAAGUAUUGUCAAUUGACAGAGCAUAUCCUCUGCCUUUACUAGGAUCCAUGCUUGAAAAGUUCCCUGAAACUUUUGAGUCUGCUGUUUGGUGGCCUAAACACAAACAACAAAGCAAAAAGAAGACUCAAACAAGAAACAAUGGAUGGAGCGAAGAGCUGGAAGAGGAAAUGAGAGAGGUCCUCGAAGUGUUAAAGACAAAAGACAGUGAAGAUUACAUGAGACUUGGUAACUUGGCAUUGAGGUUGAACAGGGUUUUAGCCAUUUCAGGGCCAUUACUCACUGGCAUUGCAGCUGUUGGGUCUGCCUUUGGUGGUUCAUGGGGAGCGACAGCAGCCGCAACAGCCGGUGCUCUGGCUAGUGUUGUUAGCACUUUCGAGCAUGGUGGGCAAGUCGGUAUGGUGGUUGAGAUGUACAGAAACUCUGCUGGUUUCUUCAAGUUGAUGGAGGAAUCAAUUGAGUCUGCGCUCGAAGAGGAAGAUUUGGAGAAGAGAGAAAAUGGGGAGUUGUUUGAGAUGAAAGUGGCUACGAAGUUGGGGAGAAGCUUGUCACAGCUCAGAGAACUUGCCAUGAAAUCAAGAUUUUCGCAUAUGGAGGGAAUUCCGGUAGAUGAAUUUGGCAGCAAGCUGUUUUGAUUGUAGAUUUUGUGAAAAUUAUUCAUUCUUUGUAUAGUUUUGACUAGAAAUUCUUUUAUAUAUUCAUGUAAUGGAAACAUUAGAAACAAUAUUAACUCUUUUAUUCCAAAAGAAUCUGUUCACUUCUCUUUGA